CCAUCUUUCUUCUGGCUUUGUUUUCCUUCUUUUUGGACGGCGUUCUGGUCUGCAGUCAAGAGUUGAAACGGCAAGGUGGCGCUGAUGGAAGUGGUGUGACCCACUGAUGUUUCGAAACGAGGCCGGCGGCCACAAACACACUCCCGCACACGUACAGGCCCGUAUCCAGCCUGCCACUCUGCCGUUCUUUUCGUGUCGUUGACCGUGGGCAGAAGUUCGAGUGGAAUCGUUAACGGAAUGCUGCCGUCUUGUGCUGAGUGAAUCACAACAUCAACGCCGUGUCCUCAACUCUCCUGUACAGAGCCUCGCCCUGUGUUUCUCCCGCGUGAGCGCGAAAAGACCAUGCCGGCAGCUGAAGUACCACCGCAUCUCGCCAGCAAUCCUUUUCUGGAUCUGAGUGGAGUCGACACAAGUGCCUUUGCCAAUCCCUACGACGCCUUGCUGCAAGCAACGGGCAAUGACGGCUUGAAGCUUCAGGAACGGUAUCAGUCGCACCGUGCCAACCGCAACCAGCAGCAGAAAGCCAAGCUGCUCGACCCGGGCUUCUCUGGCGUCAUUGUAGAUCCGAUCUUGCAGCGUCUUGAAGACCCGUCCAUCGAGCCGGGAUACGUAGACACAAGGCACUGCCUGGUGUUCUGGGGCCGUCCGGAGCAACACAUCAAAAGCUUGAUUGCGAGCGUGCAGGACAAGCUGCGGACGGUGGCUCCAAGCCUUUGGCUCAUGCCGAUUGAGAACUUGCACAUCACGAUUCUGGAGAUCACGCAUUCGAAGACGGCCGGCGAGAUCGAGGCGUUAAAGCAGCAGGUUGGACCCGUGGCCGACCGGAUCGUCAACUACGGUCGAACGCCCGGCCAUCAGGCCAAGCUCAUCAAGCCCAUGGUCGGGUUCGACGCAUCUGCACUGGCCAUCACAUUCGUGCCUGCCACGGGUCGUGGUCGGGACUUCAGCUAUCACCACCUGCGCCGAGAUGUGUUCGACAUUGUGACGGGCGCCGGCCUCAAGGUGGACUCUCGCUACGUCGUGCCCAGCGCCCACCUGACCAUCGGCCGCUUCAUAACGCAGCGAGACUUUGCAAAGGAGGACGGAACGGUGGACGCGGCGAAGAUGAAGCGGUUCGUCGACGCCAUUGACGAUAUCAACUCGUGGCUGCAGGCCGAGUUCUGGCCAAACGACGGCUCAAGCGACGACGGCGCGGGAUCAUGGACGGUGGGCGAGACGGCCCCGAUCGUGCUUAGAUGGGGAACGGUUUGGUACGGAGGAGGCGAAUCCAUGGCGGAAUCGAGCCUUAAUUAAGAUAGACACAAAUAGAUUCGGACUUUGGACCACUUCAUCGUGUGAUCUGGGUAAGGGCAUGUGCUAAUCUUUGCUCUCACGAUGGAAGUGAGGGAGUACGAGCGCGAAAAACCGCUUCUAUUCAUGCCUGCGUGGGGUAUAUUCUGUACAUUUUCGUGCUAUGAAAAAACAACAAAAAAGAAAAGAAGGGAAAAAAAGGGGGGAAAUGGAAAAUUCUAUGCCGGUAGCUUCAAUCCAAACUUUUCCGGAACAAACCAGUCGUGGAGCAAUUCCAUCAACA